AUGGAUUUCCCAUAUUCAUAUUCAAAUCCUGAAUAUGACUGUUAUUAUGAACCCAUUGAUGAUUAUUAUGAAGAUUAUGAUCAUCAGCCUGACUUACAAGCUAAUGAGUUGAGCUCUAAUUUGUUGGAGUUGCAACAUCUCAACUACUUGGAUCUCAGCGGAAACAACUUCAGUUAUAGCAAGAUUCCCAACUUCUUUGGCUCAAUGAAGAAUCUAAAGUAUCUAAAUCUGUCUCAUGCACAUUUUGGUGGAUUGAUUUCUCUUCAAUUUGCAAAUCUUACUAGCUUGCAAGUGCUUGAUCUUCAAGGUCUUUAUGAUGUUAGUACUCGUACUUUCCAGUGGGCUUCAAAUCUUUUGUCUCUCCAAUACCUUGAUAUGAAUUCGGUAAAUUGUUCGAAUGCAUCAGAUUUAAUGCAGGUACUUACCAACCUUCCUUCUCUGUCACAUAUCAACCUAUAUGAUUGCAGUCUAAAUAUGGUCAAUUUUCCUUGGCGUUCGAUCAAUUCCACCUUCUCUGCUAGUGUUCGAUACCUAGACCUUUCCGAUAAUCAUCUUGGAAGAUCAAUUCUUAAUGAUCUAAAAAAUAUGACUUCUCUUGAAGUACUUGACCUUUCGUCCACAUUCUAUGCUACUAGUUCCUCAAUUCCAACCUGGUUGGGUGAUCUUAAGAGCCUCGUUUACCUUAAUCUUAGAGGGAAUAAUUAUGAUAGCUUUGAAGGAGAAGGUGGCUUGCUUUACAUAAUAAAUAAUGCUUGUUCCUUGAAGUUAUUAGAUUUGUCAUAUAACAAAAUUAGAGAAGUGUUAGAGCCUCAUCAAAAUUCAAGAAAAUGUGUCAAAUAUAAUCUAGAGAUAUUAAGUUUAGGAGGUAACGAAAUGGGUGGUCCUUUGCCUGAUUGGUCAGAGCAACUAAAAUUUUCAUGGUACCUUGACCUUGCCCAGAAUUUAUUUCAUGGUCCAAUACCAUCAUCACUUGGAAGACUUUCAUUUUUGAAAGUAUUAGAUCUAUCCUUCAAUCAAUUAAUAGGGUCAAUUCCAGAAUCUUUGGGAAGAUUGUCGAGUUUGAGAAGAAUUCAUCUUUCAGACAAUGAAUUGACUGGGAUUAUUCCAAAAACAAUCGGGAGAUUGUCAGCCUUAAAAUGGUUAGAUCUGUCACAUAAUAAUUUGAAUGGGGUCAUUCCAGAAACAUUGGGAAAAUUGUCAGUCUUAAAAAGGUUACACCUGUCAUAUAACAAUUUGAAUGGGGUCAUUCCAAAAACAUUGGGAAAGUUGUCAUUGGUGAGGGGUAUAGAUCUUUCUAGAAAUCAAUUAAAUGGAAGCUUGCCUAAAUCAAUUGGAAAAUUAGAAUCCCUACAAUCCUUGGAUAUCUCAUCAAAUUUAUUGGAAGGUAUUGUAUCUGAGGAUCACUUUGCUAACCUUACAAGGUUGGUAGCGUUGGUCAUUGAUUCCAACAAUUUCUCGUGCCAAGUUAAUUCAAAUUGGAUCCCUCCUUUUAGUCUCUAUGAAAUCAACAUGGCUUCUUGCAAAGUUGUAGGGUCUCAUGGAGUCCCCCAAUGGCUUCAGACACAAAGGAAUGUCGUUCACUUGAAUCUCUCAAAUGCUAAUAUUAUUGGAACAUUUCCAAAAUGGCUUCAGAACAUGUCAAGCAUCCACUCUCUGGAUCUCUCUAUGAACCAAAUCAGCGGGCACCUUCCUAUGAAUAUUGGUUCUUUGUCUUUUCUGUGGCAACUAUAUCUCGGCAACAAUCAGAUAAAUGGUUCACUUCCAGAGUCAUUAUGCGAGCAAAAUGAUUUGCUCGAAUUAGAUCUUUCGAGAAACAAGCUUUCUGGGAUAUUGCCUAAUUGUUGGAGAGGGAGCCAAUCCGUGGAUGUCAUCAAUCUUUCAUACAAUAAUUUGUCAGGGACUAUUCCAAGCUCAAUGGGGAACUUAUCACAACUGAUGCGAUUGCAUAUGAAUAAUAAUAACUUUAAUGGGGAACUUCCUUUGGCCUUGAGGAGUUGCUCUCAAAUGAAGAUUCUUGAUCUUGGUGAUAAUAAUUUUUCUGGACCUCUACCAACUUGGAUUGGAGGACAUAGCUUCCGGAACAUAAGAAUUUUGAGGUUACGCAAGAAUAUGUUUAGUGGAAGUAUCCCUUUAAAUUUUUGCAAGCUCUUGGCACUGAGCAUUUUAGACCUUGCAAAUAACAAUUUGAGAGGAGAAAUUCCUCAUUGCUUUGCCAAACUCACUGGAAUGAUGGUAAAAGAUUAUCCACAAGUGAAUGGAAGUAUGGCUGAUGCGAAGGUUUCACAAGUGAUAAAAGGAAGAGACUUAGAGUAUACAAAAACACUGCUACUUCUUGAUAAUUUGGACCUCUCAAGCAAUAAGCUAGUUGGGAUAAUUCCAGAAGAGCUAUGUGUACUAUCUGCCUUGCGUGGUUUGAAUUUGUCCCAUAAUCAUUUGUCAGGCAAUAUUCCUAACAAUAUUGAAGAGUUGAAGUCCUUGGAGUCUCUUGACCUUUCAAACAACAAACUUGUUGGUGCAAUUCCCCAAAGUAUGGCCAAUUUGAUGUCACUAAACAAGCUCGACUUGUCUUACAACAAUCUGUCAGGCAAAAUUCCAACAGGACCUCAACUUCAAACACUGAAUGAUCCAAAUAUCUAUGCUGGCAACGAUGAACUGUGUGGAGACCCAUUGCCAAAGAAUUGUUCUGGAGAUGAUGAUCGGAGAAAAAAUGCCCACGAAGAUGAUGAUGACUACAAAGAAAGUAGGAUCGAAAGAAUAUGGUUUUACUGUGUGGUAACACUUGGAUAUGCAGCAGGAUUAUGGGGAGUAAUUGGGAGUCUGGUUUUCAACAGAAACUGGAGGCAUGCUUUUUUUCGUUUCACGGAAAACACCAUGGAUUGGAUUCAUGUUGUAACCUAUUGCCACAAUAGUUUGUCAAAGAUUCCUCAUUUGCUUCAACUAUGCUCAUCUGUUGGAAUUGACAGAGAUUCCUCGUUUGCUUCAAUUAUGCUCAUCUCACAAGUUGUAUAUUUUUGCCUUCUCGGGACAACAUUUGAUGAUGCUCCUGUGGUGAAAUUUCCACCGAGAUGCCAGGUCAUAUUGGUUGAAAUUAACCUGCCAACUGAUAUUCCUGUGUAUCAAAUUCUGGAGCAACAGGGGCAUUGUACCUAUGCAGUUUCACCCCUGCUCCAAUGCACAAACACCAUAAAGAAAGCACCAAAAACACAUGCAUGCUACAGAGAAGGGGAAAAAAGGAAAACACCCACUAACCUACUGAAGAAGUCUACUCGGUGGCGAUGGAUUUGGUGUCCGGUGGCCUCUUUCGCAAACCCAGGUGGGUGCCUCUGUUCUUCUUCUUCUUCUUCUUCUUCUUCUUCUUCGUAA